AUGAAAUCUAUAACUUUUACUUUGGUACUUGCGAUCUUUAUCGCCAUAGUUUAUUCCUCCCCUUUUCCACAAGAAGGUGGUGAACCCAAAAAAAUUGUUCUUUCUGGUCCAGGUCCAGGUCCUUGGUCCAUUGGUUCUGAACAAAUCGCUAGUUGGUGGUCAACAGGAAUUCCUGAUGAACCGGUAACAGUCUCCACCUUCGCAGAAGGAAAUACUACGCCGAUCUUUAGCGCUGAUUCUACCAUUCAAGCAGGAAGUCUGCCAAUCUCAAUCAAUGAUCAAUAUUCUCCUGAAACUAAUUAUGUAGUUGAAGUCGCUCUCAAGUCUGACCCUUCGGUUAAAGGUACAAGUCAACCUUUCACAGUAACUCCCUCUGCUGAUGGUGGUGGUGGUGCUCCAAAGGAACCGGAGCCUAAAUCAGCAGAGGAACCAAAGGAACCAUCAAAGGAACCUGCAGAGGAACCAAAGGAACCUGCAAAGGAACCUGCAGAGGAACCAAAACAACCCUCACCUGCAGAGGAACCAAAGGAACCUUCACCUGCACCUGAAGAGGAACCAAAAGAACCUGAGGAACCAAAGGAACCUUCACCUGCACCUGAAGAGGAACCAAAAGAACCUGAGGCACCAAAGGAACCAUCUCAAUAA